AUGGCUUCCCAGAUGCUUCCGAGCUUUGACGAGAGCACAGAUAAGUGGAACCCGUACUUGAUCAAAGCAGAAGCGUACUUCGAAGCAAACGGCAUUACUGAGUCAAGCAAGAAAAGAGCACUUCUUGUAGCUGCGCUGAGCACGCAGACCGUUCAAGUUCUUGCCGGAAGAGUAGCUCCCCGGAAGCCGAAUUCCUUGACUUAUGACGAAGUUACCGAAACCUUGAAUGAGUACUAUGACCCUAAACGCAACGAAAUUGCGGAGAGCUACAAGUUCUUCAGCCGCUCCCAAUUGGAGGGGGAAUCGGUUCGCGCUUUUCUCAUCGAGAUCCGCCGCAUUGCAGACAACUGCAACUUUGGCAGCUCCCUUGACAGAAUGAUCCGGGACAGGAUUGUUUGCGGAAGACUACCAGUACUAGGUGAACUUGAACUGAUGGUUACGUACCAAGGCGUGGCGGUGGAAUGUAAGCUCGUAGUACUAGACUGCGUUGGACCAAGCCUGUGCGGACGAGACCUCAUAAACAUGCUGGACAAGGCUGGAGCUUCGGUACUGGAAGUGGCACCAGGCACAGUACAAGCCAUCAGCCACGACAACACUCGCGCUGAAUACACGGACGUCUUCUCGGAGGAACUGGGACUGAUCAAGGGGCCCCCAGCCAGCUUGAUGCUGAAGGAGGGUGCUGUUCCCAAGUUUUGCAAAGCGAGAUCACUUCCGUAUGCCCUCCGUGACAAAGUGGCGAAGGAGUUGGAACGGCUGGUGUCCCUGGGCAUUUUAUCACCCGUGAAACAUUCGAACUGGGCGACUCCCAUAGUGCCCGUGCUUAAGAAGGAUGGCACAGUUCGUAUUUGCGGGGAUUUUAAAGCCACGUUGAACCAAGCCUGUGAAACGGAACAAUAUCCCCUUCCGGUGAUCCAGGACAUGUUUGCGUCAUUAGGCGGUGGGGAAGUGUUCAGUACGCUAGACCUGAAAGAUGCCUACAACCAGGUGCCAUUAGACGAAGGUGCACGCAAGCUGUGCGUAAUUAACACGCAUCUGGGACUCUUCUGCUACAACAGGCUGCCAUUCGGUAUUUCCUCGGCUCCGGCCAUAUUUCAGAGGAAAAUGGAUACCAUGCUGGCAGGUCUUCCUGGAGUGCAAGCGUACUUGGACGACGUGCUUGUGUCUGAAAAGGUGGCAGACAACGGAGCUCGGCUGAAAGCAGUCUUGCAGCGCUUCCGGGAACACGGGGUGAAGCUGAGAAGAACGCCCAACAAAAGCGGGAAGUCGCCAUCGGAGAUGCUUCUAGGCUAUCAGAUCAGAUCGCGCCUGGAUACCUGUUUUCCAAAGUCCGGUGGAGGAGCAACAUGUGCAAGCCAGGAACGCGUGCCCCCUGCGAACAGCCGUGUGCACGUGCGCAACUACGGUACCGGAAGCAAAUGGAUACCAGGACAGGUGAUAGCUACAUCUGGGACGCGAAUGGUCACCGUGGAAACGCCUGAAACAAUUGUCCGACGGCAUGUUGAUCAAGUUCGCCUUCAGCCUAGGGAAGUGCAAUCGCAGGUCUCGGCGGAACACGUGCGCACGGACGAACCGCCAGUCAGCCCAAAAGAAUCGGUGCCGCACCCUGAUGCAAGCCUGCGAGAACGAGCUGAACAACAGAAACCUUCCCUGAAGAAAGGUCGGAACACAUGUGUACCGGCACUGCUACCACCGGACUUGGAGGCGCCCGGCGCCUGA